AUGGUUAAUGUAACAAUUAUUGUUUUACUGGGCGCAUUAACCGUAUUGAACGCCACUCCCAUCGAUAAGCCUGAGUCGAGAUUUUGCGGCGGUUAUGGUUACGGUGGUUAUCCCUACGGAUACCCGUAUUACCCUCGACCCCAACCCGUUCCUCGACCCGUUCCCCAACCCUUUCCGCAACCCAUGCCCGCACCGGCUCCGGCACCAGCUCCUGGACCCAUCACGUGGCCCAUUACGGUAAUUGGCGGUAAUAACGGUACCACACCCACCAACGGCACCGCACCUACCAAUGCCGUUUUACACGCAAUUCCCGUCGAUAAGCCUGAGUCCAAAUUUUUAUUCGGGUUUGGUUUCGGGGGUUUCAAUCCAUUCCCGUUUUUUGGAUACCCGUAUUUCCCGCAAACAACCCCCGAACUCGUUUCGUGGCCAAUCAAUAUGAUGGGUCCUAAUGGCACUGUACUGGCCAACAGUACCGCACCUAUCAAUGCCACGGCACCGGCGGUACCAACUAAUCCCAUACCAUCAGCGUUGAAAAUUGAGCCAGCUAGCUUGGUUGUGCCUUGGACAAAUGGUGAUGAUAAUACUGAUACUGAUUAUACUAUUGUUAAUUGA